AUGCGGUGUUCUCCUGGCUGGCUGGAGCCAUUGGUUGAUAGACUCAGGAGUUUUCCCAAUAAAGUUUUGCAGCCCCUGGUGCCAACGCUCGAGCGUGUGGAGGCCGGGAUAACACAGCGGCAGAUGAGAGCGGGGUUCGGCUGGGAUCUGAGGUUUGCCUGGUAUUCCCCGCCCCCCUACUUGUCACAGAUACGGAGUACAGACAGUGAGCCGUACCCCUCCCCUUCACUCGUUGGCUGUGCCAUAGCUGUCAACAGGGAACACUUUUUCGCCAUGGGCGGGUUCGAUCCCAACCUAGAGAUCUGGGGCGGGGAACACUUUGAGCUGGCGUUCCGAACCUGGAUGUGUGGGGGACUUGUCGAGACCAUCCCUUGCUCGACAGUGGGACAUCUGUACAGACCUCUUCCGUACUCCUUCGGGGGACCGGCGCUGGUGAUUCUUGCCAAGAACUUGUUGCGAGUCGCGAAUGUGUGGAUGGAUGAAUAUAAACACAUUGUCGAGAGAUCUAUCAGAGGCUUGCUUGGGUUCCUGCCCCUGUUCUCACAGCAGGAGAUGGUUACAAUUGAUGAACGACGAUCUUUACGGCGACAACUGAAUUGUAAGAAUUUCACAUGGUACCUGGAGCACAUCUUUCCUGAAGCAGAGGUUCCGGCGAACAACAGCGUGUAUUUUGGUGAAUUUCUCAACGUGAACACAUCUCAUUGUUUAACUGUGGAAAAUAACACUCUCGUCCCGACAAAGAGAAAGUGUGGUAGCUUUGUGAUUGUCCCUGAAAAUCAUUUUACUGUAGACUCACAGGGGAGGUUUCGGCACAAAGGGAGGUGUAUUGUACCUAAUAAGAACACGAUGAAUCUAAUAAUGAACGAGGAACACUGUUUUAACACUGAGCACUUCUGGUACGGAGUUAACACAACGGGACCAAUCGUGUACUCGGACGCUGAAGGCAAGUUGUGUCUGACACACGACCUUGACCUUGAACAAAUACGAUUAAAUGUGUGUGACGUUAACGAUCUGGAACAAAUGUGGGCUAGUUUAUAUUAUCUCAAAGAUGAUAGUUAA